AAUAUACUUAGAAACUAUGGCAUGAAAGGAGGGCCUGCGAUAAGAAUUGCUAAUUUUGCUAAUGAGUUCAAAGAAAAAAAAUUAAGAGAUUUAUAUGAAUGUAUUUCAGAGCCAAUGGCUUUCUCUGUUCAGGACAGAAAAUUAAUACAGCAUAUUGAAUUACCAGAAAUGAAAAAUGAGUUAUCAGUAACAUUAUGA